CUAAUCUUCUCUUCCUUCAAAAUUUCUAGUCCUCUAUUGCCUUGUCAUGGGUGCCUCUUUUGCUACUCAUGUGCUUUUCUUACUGUGGUUCUUUGCAGCAACCUUCAGUUUAAGCUUAUUCAAAGCAGAGUCAAAUAUCUCUUGCAUUGAAAAAGAGAAACAAGCACUUCUAAUUUUCAAAAAAGGUCUCUCUGAUCCUAGAAACGUACUCUCAUCCUGGUCUGACCAAGUCGAUUGUUGUAGAUGGGACCGAGUUCAUUGCAACAACAAAACUGGUCGAGUCACAGCGCUCGACCUCAAUGGAUUUCAAGACCAUAACAAGAGCUUAUUCAGUGGAGUUUAUGGCUACGAAAAGAGGUUAGGCGGUGAGAUUAGUCCUUCAUUGCUUGAAUUAGAAUUUUUAAAUUACUUGGACUUGAGUUACAAUAACUUCAAUUGUACUCCUAUUCCAAGUUUCCUUGGUUCAAUUGGUAGUCUGAGAUAUCUUGAUCUUAGCGGAGCUAACUUCUCUGGACUCAUUCCUCAUCAGCUUGGAAACCUUUCAAGCCUUCGUGUUCUAGAUCUUGCAAAUAAUCCAAACCUUUAUGUAGAUAACCUUCGUUGGAUGUCUCAUUUCUCUUCCAUACAAUACCUUGAUCUGAAUAGCAUCGACCUUCACAGAGAAGUUGAUUGGCUUCAAAUAAUGAGUAAGUUCUCAUCUCUUUUGGAGCUACACUUGUCAUUUUGUCAACUUGAUAGCCUAAAACCAUUUCUUGGAUUUGUCAACCACACAUCUCUUCAAGUCCUUGAUCUUUCCUAUAACCUUUUCAAUCAUGAGAUUCCUAAUUGCUUCUUUAAUCUCAGUACAAGCCUCGUAGUGCUUAACCUAGAAUAUAGUUUGCUAAAAGGCAAGAUACCGCCUAGCAUUUUGAAUUUGCAUAACUUAGAAUAUCUAUUAUUGCUUUCCAAUCACCUAGUUGGAAAAAUUCCGGAGUCUAUAGGGCAGCUUAAAUAUCUAAAAUCUCUUGAGCUCUGGUAUAACUCUUUAAGUGGUCCUAUUCCUUCAUCCAUUGGGAAUUUUUCUUAUUUGGAAGAAUUAUUUCUUUCUAAUAAUCAGUUGAGUGGCACAAUUCCUGAGAGUCUUGGGCUUCUCUCAAAUUUAGAGAGGUUAUUUAUUGAUAAAAAUUUAUUAACAGGCACUGUUGGUGAAGGACAUUUCACUGAACUCUCGAAAUUAAAGACUUUAUAUUUAUCAAAUCCUUUGUUCUUUAAUGUGAGUUCCAAUUGGAUUCCUCCUUUUCAACUUGAUUUUGCUUACAUGAGCUAUUGUAAGGUAGGACCCAACUUUCCUACAUGGCUGCAAACACAAAAAUCCCUUAGAGUUUUACAAAUGUCCAAGUCAGAAAUUUCAGACAAGGCUCCAGGUUGGUUCUGGAACUGGACUUCAAACAUUCAAGUAAUUGAUUUGUCUAGAAACCACAUAGAAGGGGAUAUAUCAGACGCUGUGUUAAAUUCUACGGUCUUAAAUCUAAAUUCUAAUCAUUUCAAGGGUCGAAUGCCACAAUUGUCUGCGAAUGUCAAAGAGCUCAAUAUCGCUGACAACUCAUUUGCUGGACCGAUUUCCACUUUCUUAUGCCUAAAGAGGAAUAGAAUGAAUAAAUUGAUAAUUUUAGAUGCAUCAUUCAAUCUCUUAUCAGGAGAGCUUCCUGACUGUUGGAAGGAUUGGCAAUCUUUGGCUCGUCUAGACUUGGGAAGCAAUAGUAUAUCAGGUAGAAUUCCUUAUUCAAUGGGUUCUUUGGUUGCACUCCAAACACUGCAUUUAGAAAACAAUAACAUCUCCGGAGGUAUACCAUCUUCAUUGCAAAGUUGCUCACAGUUGGAACUCCUUGAUAUAGGUGAGAAUCAUUUGCAGGUUACCAUACCACUUUGGAUUGGAGAAAUGACAAGUCUUAUGGUUCUCCGUCUUAGAUCCAAUGGAUUCCACGGCCACAUACCUCUACAGAUAUGCCAACUAUCUUCUCUUAUAGUGUUAGAUCUUGCCAAUAAUAGCCUAUCAGGAACCAUACCAAAGUGCUUGAACAAUUUGAGUGCCUUGGCAAAACCUGAUAAUGGAGGAUCUAUUCAUUUUGGCUAUCUCCCUUAUGCUUAUAGCAUGUAUGUUGAGAAUCUUUUCUUGGUUCCCAAAAAGAAGCAACUAGAAUAUUUUGACAACAUCAAAUUUGUUAGGCUUAUAGACCUUUCAAGUAACAACUUGUCCGAAUCAAUUCCUGUUGAGAUUUCAGUUCUUUUUGGGUUGCAUUUUUUGAACUUAUCUGAAAAUCAUUUGACGGGAGCGAUACCAGAAAAAAUUGGGAGCAUGAAAGAGUUAGAGUCGAUUGAUCUCUCUCGAAAUCAUCUAUCGGGUGAAAUUCCUCCAAGCAUGUCUAAUUUGACAUUUCUUAGUCAAUUGGACUUGUCAUAUAACAGCUUGUCAGGUAGAAUUCCUUUAAGCACACAGCUCCAGUCUUUUGAUGCACUCAGCUACACUGGCAAUCCUCAACUUUGUGGUGAUCCUCUACCAAAAACCUGUACAGUAGAGGAAGAACCAUCCAAUAGAACACCAAUUGGUAGAACAGAAGAUCACUCUGAAAAGUACAGCUUCUAUAUAGGUUUGGGGGUUGGAUUUGCUGUUGGUUUUUGGGCAAUUUGUGGAGUUCUCUUCUUCAAGAGGACCUGGAGGCAUGCUUAUUUUAGAUUUCUCGAUGGCAUCAAGGAUUGGGUUUAUGUGACUACAAUGGUAAAAGUGAACUGGUUUUUGGAAAAGCUACGAAGUUGUCACCUUAUAAGUGAAAGGCAUCGUUAGUUAGAAGGAGGUGUGGCACUCGUUCCUGCUUUUCAAGAGGCUAGAAAGAAUCAUUUGCAAAAGAAAUCUACCUAGAUUGUGUCUCAUCCAGGUUUUAUAAUAAAACGUACAUGAAUUAAAUGCUACGGUCCUACGGAUUAUGAUUCCAACGUAUGAUGUGUAUGACUAUGAACUAUUUAUCUAUAUAGUGCUAAGACAAUUUCGUUUUGUUGUUUA